AUGAACAACAAUCGCAUCGUUGCUAAGGAUUUCCGGGAUGAGAACAUUAUCUACCCAGAGUUCAACAAGCUCAAGGAGAAGGGCCCACUGGAGUGGGGACCCAGCUUACCUCCCUCUAUCCCGCAUCACAGGAACAGGAAGCUGAAAACACUGCUGUCCAUUGGUGGGUGGAACUUUGGCACAACCAGGUUCACCAUCAUGCUUUCCACAUCGGCCAACCGGGAAAGGUUUAUUGAUUCAGUUAUAUCCCUCCUGAGGACACAUAACUUUGAUGGUCUGGACCUCUUCUUCCUGUACCCUGGAGUAAGAGGCAGUCCCAUGAGGGACCGAUGGACUUUUCUCCUCUUAAUUGAAGAGCUCCUGUUUGCCUUCCAGAAGGAGGCGCAGCUUACCAGGCGUCCCAAGCUGCUGCUCUCUGCCGCCGUCUCUGGGGAUGAACAAAUCAUCAAAACAGCUUAUGAAGUGCUCCUUCUGGGAAGGCUCCUGGAUUUCAUCAGCGUCUUGUCUUAUGACUUUCAUGGGAGCUGGGAAAAGUUCACAGGACACAAUAGUCCCCUGUUCUCUCUGCCUGGAGACCCCAAAUCUUCGGCACAUGCCAUGAAAUACUGGCGGAAUCUGGGGGCACCCCCAGAGAAGCUCCUCAUGGGGCUCCCCACCUAUGGACGGACGUUUAACCUCCUCAAGGCCUCUAAUAAUGGGCUACACGCUGAAGCUAAGGGUGUUGCGCUUUCAGGAAAGUACACCAAGCAAGAUGGCUUCUUGGCUUAUUAUGAGGUGACAGGAAUAGAGACCUCUGUCUAUUAGUCAGGUCUCCAUCCUCUGUUGGGGCAAGAGCAAAGACAACAGGGCAAAGGCAAGGGUGACGGCGGGAGGACAAAGAGGUAGUUUACUAGCGCAAGAGAAAUCCACUAUAUAAAGAGAAUCUUAACUGUUAUACAAGUCAAUCCUGACUUACUCUCUGGCCUAAAUAAAAACUAUUAGUACCUGAAAUAGAUAUAAUUUCAAACAUUUGCAAAAGUAAAAGAAUAGUAUCACCUCCUCCCCCCCUCUGCCACUACCACCUACCCCUCACCAGCUUCAAUCUCGAACCGCUCUUGGCCCAUCUUGUUUCAUGUCCGCUCCCUGACUCCCUCCCUCCCGCUACGAGAUUAUGUUGAAGCAGUUCCAAGACCUCCUCUACUACAGAUUCUUUCCUCUUACCCCGAUUCCACUCCCUGAAUCCCCAUCUCAACAAAGCUUGCUACUGAGUGGAGGAAAGAGACUUGGACCCAAGGGAAUAUAAAACAUAAGAGAGGACAAUAAGAGGCACAGGGUGUGUGGCUUAGGGAUCUGGAAAGGUCUCAUGGAGCAGGUAGCUUUAGAGCAGGGCUUUGGAGCACAGGAAUGAUCCUGAUGGGCAGGAAUGACAGGAGGGAAGGGCCCCACAGGCCAAGGAUGGCGGGUACGGAGGCACAUGGUGUGCAUGGGUGCCUUAGGUAGGAGUGGAGGCACAGUGCUCUGUGCUGACUGGGUAGAAAUGUUUUCCUGCUAAUCCAGUGAAGCGUGGUUAUGAG